GAUAUUAAGUCGACAUACCUCUUUGUCACGUGAACCACUGACAUUGAGGAGACGUCCGCCACCCCCACAGACCUGGUUUGAAUGGGCUGUUUCGAUCCUGAAACUUCCGUUCGUUAUCGGUUAUGAGACUCUCUACGAACUGCUCUCUUUUAUACUUGCGGAUCCUCAGGGCGAUGUGCGACGCUUCAUCGACGAGUUCAAUGCCCAGUUCGGUGACGCUGAUCCCGGCAUCCAGUUCUUCAACGGAUCGUAUGAUGAUGCUCUAAAUGAGUGCAAAGUUUCACUGCGUUUCAUGAUAGUUUAUUUGCACAAUCCAUCGCAUGAGGCCUGUGAACGCUUUGUACGUGAAACUUUGCUCAGCCAACCGAUGAAACUGUUCCUGGAACGAAAUGAUAUCGUUUUGUUUGGCGUAUCUGUACGCAGCCAGGAGGGAUACAAAGGUAAGAUUGGCAAUGAAAAAAAUUGA